GAGCACCGGGCGUUCGCGUUGCUAUGGGCUGCUGGAGCGCUGGCGGCGGGCGCGGAGGGGUCUGGCCGCUCUUCUUCUCGCCUCGCCCCCUCGGGCCGGGGAGGCUGCUGCUGGGUGCCUGCCCUGCGGAUAGGGAGCCGAAUCGCUGUCCUGAGGGGGUUCCCUCUUCUUCCGAGAGGCUGGAGCCUCUCCCAGCAAUGCAUACUGCACACAGCUCAGAGACCGUUCCAGGUCCACCGCCUGCAGCAGAACUCUGUCAGCACAAGCUGUGCCAGAGGUGCCUCACAGCACCAGCAAGGAGCAACACAGCAAAUACUUUUGACUGCAGUAGAUUCUCUGGGAAGACAAAUACUAGCAGAUACUGGCUGAUACAGAAGGACUUCUAUCGCAUGAAGGUGGCUCCUGAUGAAAGCAGAGACAUCAUCGCUUCUGCUCAGUCCAUCUUAGACAGAGAAAAUUACUUCGUAAGAGAGGUGGACAGGUAUUUGAGGCACCACGAUUUCUUAAAUCUGAGAAAGAAGGAGAUCCUAUACAAGAAAUGGCUUGAGGAUGUUUCAGAGCCACUGCUGUGGAAAAUUGAGGACAAAAUGGAUAGCCAGUCGAGGGAAGAAAUACAGAAGAGGAGGGAAGAACAACUUUCUCUCUAUUUAAACUACUGUAAAAAGAAGGGCUAUGUGGCUUUAGAAGCUUAUGACCCAUCAGAAUAUGACCCACUGUUCCUGAAGACGUGCACAGACUGCUGGAAGGUUUCAAUACCAGCUUUACAGGACCCUCUGUUAAAAGCUGUUCAGAAAAAGUUUAUUGAGACAGGCAUUGUCAAGCGGUGUGAGACAGGAAGACCGUGCUCUAGCAGAGAGCUGCAGGAACUGCCCCUGCUUCCCCUGGGCCGGCAGCGCAUGGAUGCAAUCGAGUGGCUGAAGGUUCCACACACCUACAUUGCUAGUGAGCUCCACCGAACAAGGAGGCUGAGAGUCGUGGACCACCACAAAGACAGUGAGAGCAGAUGAUGUCACCUCUCCUCCAGCUCACUGCAGUGGCAAGUGCAGCCAUCAGAAGGCUACCACAGAAAAAGUACAUCUUGUCACAAGUGCCAUGGAGCAGCAUUAAGCAGCCCCUUCAUUCCAGGCUGAGCACAGAUGGAUGGUGUUGAACAGCACCCACACCUGCUGGCACACCACAGCAGUGUUCUCUGCCAUGCCUGCAGUGAUCAGACGCCUUUGUGCCUCCUGCAGCCCAUGAAAAGGUCAGUUUUCAUCAGGCUCUGGGAAACACCAUCAGAAUUUUGCCCAAGCUCCCCUAAAUGCUGAGUGCAGUACGUGCUUUCCACCACAACAGCAGCAAUUUAUGAUUCAGUUUGCAAGAGGUGAAAAGCAAGACU